CCUCCUGUGAGCGGCUGUUUCAGGAAGCUCCACUCCACAGGACAACGUGCUGAGUUUCACGUUAUAAUGUGAUACAGAUCUUCCCAUUCUAGAGUAAAGAAAACUGUGAUUCAUACAAUUUAGAUCAAACACAGUAGUGGAAACAUCACCAGGAUUAUUUUAUAUUUAAUUUCCAAAGAUGGAUCCUUUCACCUGAGUCUUACACACUGGAGCUUUAAAUGGUCUGUGAGCAACUCUCAUAUCUACUGUAAAGAGAGAGAGGAGGAGCCUGAGAACAGGGAAGUGUCAGAUUCCAUUUUCACCUGGAUGAGCAGAACGAAGGAAAGUGAGCAGACUGAAGAUGAGUGGUUAUGAGGAGGAAGAGGAGGACAGAGCAGAGUCUCCAGGGUUCAGCUGUGUUUCUCUGAAGAGUGACCGGUCCAUGUUUGAUCCUCCAAACUUCAGUAAUGAACCUGGACCCUCACAAACAAAAGGUCAGGACCACAGACUGAGAGCAGAGUCUCCAGGGUCCAGCUGUCUGUCUCUGAAGAGUGACCAGUCCAUGAGACAUCCUCCAGAGUUCAGUAAUGAACCUGGACCCUCCCCCACAGAAGAGAGGAAGAGGAGUCAUGUUUCUGAGGAGGAGCAGUCGUCCUGCUGUGCUUCGUGUCAGGACGUCCUGAAGGAUCCAGUCUCCACCAGCUGUGGACACUGGUUCUGCAGACAGUGCAUCACCUCAUACUGGGACCAGUCUGGUUCUUCAGGAGACUCCUCCUGUCCCCAGUGUGGACAAAGAUCCAGAACAGGAGCUGGAGCUCAGACAGCCGGUCAGAGCAGCACUGUACAUGUGUCUGCUGAUGUCUUCACUUCUGACAACAUCACAUAUCGUGGUCUGCAGGAGGUUUUAGAUGAACAUAAGCUCAGUGUGAGGAGGAGAUGUGAACAUGUGACUGAAGGAACUGAUGAAACAGGAAGUAGAACCCUCCUCAACAGGAUCUACACUGAGCUCUACAUCACAGAGGGACAGAGUGAAGAGGUUAAUACUCAACAUGAGGUGAGGCAGCUUGAGACGGCUUCCAAGAAGAAGAUCCUCCACGACACUCCCAUCAAGGUCCACGACAUCUUUAAAGCCUCCACUGACCAGCAGAGCAGCAUCAGAGUCGUCCUGACCAACGGCGCUGCUGGCGUUGGAAAAACCUUCUCGGUGCAGAAGUUCACUCUGGACUGGGCAGAGGGUUUAGAAAACCAGGAUGUUGGUCUGCUGGCUGUGCUUUCGUUCAGGGAGCUGAACCUGGUGAAGGACCAGCAGCACAGUCUUCUCACGCUGCUCCAUGUUUUCCAUCCAGCGUUACAGAAGCUCACGGCAGAGACGCUCGCUGUCUGUAAACCUUUGUUCAUCUUUGACGGUCUGGAUGAAAGCAGACCUUCUCUGGACUUCAACCACAGGGAGCUUGUGUCUGAGGUCACACAGAGGUCAUCAGUCAACGUGCUGCUGACAAACCUCAUCCGGGGGAAUCUGCUUCCCUCGGCUCUCGUCUGGAUAACCUCCAGACCCGCGGCGGCCAAUCAGAUCCCUCCUACAUAUGUUGACAGGGUCACAGAAGUACGAGGCUUCACUGAGGCCCAGAAGGAGGAGUACUUCAGGAGGAGAUUCAGUGAUGAAGAGCUGUGCAGCAGAAUCAUCUCACACAUCAAGACGUCCAGGAGCCUCCACAUCAUGUGUCAAAUCCCAGUCUUCUGCUGGAUCAGUGCUACAGUUCUGGAGCACAUGUUGACCACAGGCCAGAGAGGAGAGCUGCCCAAGACCCUGACUGACCUGUACUCACACUUCCUGCUGGUUCAGACAAAGAGGAAGAACAUCAAGUACGGUGAUGGACAUGAGACGACUCCACAGCAGCUGACGGAUGCUGACAGGGAUGUUCUUCUGAAGCUUGGGAGGCUGGCACUUAAACAUCUGGAGGAAGGAAAAAUCAUGUUCUACCAAGAAGACCUGGAGCAGUGUGGUCUUAAUGUCACAGAGGCCUCAGUGUACUCAGGAGUUUGUACUGAGAUCUUCAGAAGAGAGUGUGUGAUCUUCCAGAAAUCCGUCCACUGCUUUGUUCAUCUGAGCGUUCAGGAGUUUCUGGCUGCAGUCUACAUGUUCCACUGCUACACCGAGAGGAACACAGAAGAACUCAACUUCUUCUUGGGAACAUAUGGGAACACACGUAGUACCUUCUCCCUGGAUGACCUCCUGAAGAGAACCAUGGAGAAAUCCCUCACCAGUACAAAUGGUCAUCUGGACCUGUUUGUUCGCUUCCUUCACGGCCUCAGUCUGGAGUCCAACCAGAGAGUCUUAGGAGGCCUGCUGGGUCGGACAGAGAACAAUCCAAAUAUCAUCCAGAGAGUCUUAGGAAGCCUGCUGGGUCGGAAAGAAAAUAAUCCAAAGAUCAUCCAGAGAGUCAUCAACAACCUGAAGGAGAUGCAGAGUGAUGACAUUUCUCCUGACAGAAGCAUCAACAUCUUCCACUGUCUGACUGAGAUGAACGACCAGUCAGUUCAUCAACAGAUGCAACAGUUCCUGAAAUCAGAAAAUAGAUCGAAGGAGAAACUCUCUGAGAUCCACUGCUCAGCUCUGGCCUACAUGCUGCAGAUGUCAGAGGAGGUUCUGGAUGAGUUGGACCUGGAGAAGUUCAACACAUCAGACCAGGGUCGAAUGAGACUGAUCCCAGCUGUGAGGAACUGCAGGAAGGCUCAACUUAUUAGUUGUCGACUUUCAGAGAUUCACUGUGAAGUCGUGGCCUCAGCUCUGAAGUCAGACCCCUCACAUCUGAGAGAACUGGAUCUGAGUGGAAACGAACUGCAGGAAUCAGGAGUGAAGCUGCUGUGUUCUGGACUGGAGAGUCCAAACUGUGGACUGGAGACUCUGAGGAUGUAUCAGUGCAGUCUGUCAGAGAUCAGCUGUUCUUCUCUGGCUUCAGCUCUGAGGUCAAACCCCUCUCAUCUGAGAGAACUAGAUCUGAGUAGAAACAGGCUGCAGGACUCAGGAGUGAAGGAGCUGUGUGGUUUUCUACAGAGUCCAACUUGUCGACUGGAGACUCUGAGGUUGAAGAACUGCAGUCUGUCAGAGAUCAGCUGUUCUUCUCUGGCUUCAGCUUUGAGGUCAAACCCCUCUCAUCUGAGAGAACUGGAUCUGAAGAACAACAACGACCUGCAGGACUCAGGUGUGAAGGAGCUGCUUGAUCUAAAGCAGAGUCCAACCUGUCGACUGGAGACUCUGAGUGGUCUGUGGGCUCCUCCAAGGCCCAGGUCAUCGACAACAACCCAUCCCAGAUCCAGCCUUUGAGCGAAAGGAGCGUUUCUUUGACCACUUAUCUGUUCAUGGAACUUGUGGACCCUGAGAAUGUCUCUGCCAAGUAGGAGUAUGUCGGUAUCGGGAUCAAGGGGUGGUAUUACAUCAGCGAUGUGCUAGAGGUGGGAGUUGUCUUGGUGAAAGUGAGUGUGAAGAGGACAGUGUGUGUGGACGGAGGCUGAGCUGUGUCCUGAGGAUCCAGAGGCUGAAGCAGCAGCAGCUUGUGUGUAGAGCGGCUCUGACUGGGCCUUGUUUCUGGGAGGCAGAGUGGAGACAGAGCUCCAGAGGAAUCAGAGGAGGUGAGCUGCUCUUAGAUCAGCUGUCACACAGUGUCCAGUCCACCAUCCUCCCUGUGUGUUCCUGUGGAUGUGACACAGCAUCAUCACUGGAUCUGCUGCUGCUCUGUCCUUUGACACACAAAAGUCAAAGUCGUGAAUAUUUCCAAGUUUUGUGAAGAAAAUUGUGUAAAGUUAAUGCAAAUUUUACUUUUAAAUGUAAAAAGUGACAUUGUAUUUACAGGUCGGGACGUGAAGCUGUGAGUCGCUGUUAUAAAUAAAUUACUGCUGAGUUCAGACAAGCUUCUUAUAUUUUAAAACCUCAGGUUGUUUUAUUCACUUUUAAUAUCUUGUGGCUGCUUUGUUUACAUGAAUCAUUUCUUUAUUUUUACAUGAAAAUAAAAAAUGUCCACUUCAUUAAAGAUUUAAAAAUCUC